AUGUACGCUCUCAGCGCGACGGCUGAGCUGGGCGGAGUGACCAACCUCCGGCCAGAUGACACCGAGGGGAACCCCUUCUGGUACACCUUCAAGGUCCAGUGCACGUCAUGCAGAGAGACGCACGCGAACUGGGUCGGGGUGAAUCGAUUUGAAAUGAACGAGAUGAGUGGUAGUCGGGGCGAGGCAAACUUUGUCUGGAAGUGCAAGAACUGCAAGCGCGAAUCGUCGGCAACCAUCAAAGCAGCUCCCGUUCCCUAUGAGCAGUCGGAGCCGGCAAAACCCAAGAACAUCCUCGAGUUCGACUGCCGCGGGCUCGAGUUCACCGACUUCAAGCCGGAGGGCGAAUGGCUGGCGGAGGGCAUUGAGUCCGGAACCAAGUUCACUGGCAUUGAUCUGUCUGAGGGCGAGUGGUUCGACUACGAUGAGAAGGCUGGGGACGAGGUCAGCAUCAAGGACAUCAAGUGGGAGAUCAAGAGGUCAUGA